AUGCAGGUCGUCGCGGACCCCGAGACGCUUUAUACUAAGCAAAACUCCCUUGGUGGAGGGAGCUUUGGAAAAGUGUACAAAGGUGUCGACAAACGGACGGGCCAGUCAGUCGCAAUCAAGAUAAUAGAUGUCGAAAAUGCCGAGGAUGAAGUGGAGGAUAUCAUAACGGAGAUUUCUAUCAUGUCUACGAUGAACUCCCCCUACGUUACCAAAUACCUUGGUUCGUAUCUCAAGGGAUCUGACCUGUGGAUAGUCAUGGAGUAUUGCGCAGGGGGCAGCUGCUUAGAUAUCUUGCGGUCAGGGCUCAUCACUGAAGACUACAUUAUGAUCAUUCUCAAAGAACUGCUUCUCGGUUUGGACUACCUUCACAGCGACCAAAAAUUACAUCGGGACAUAAAAGCCGCCAAUAUUCUUCUUAGUGGAAAUGGUCAGGUGAAACUCGCGGAUUUUGGCGUUUCUGGUCAGCUUAGUGCAACCAUGACAAAGAAAAAUACGUUCGUCGGAACCCCAUUCUGGAUGGCACCGGAGGUCAUCAAACAAUCAGGCUAUGACUACAAGGCAGACAUUUGGUCAUUGGGUAUCACUGCAAUUGAACUGGCGACUGGACAGCCCCCUUAUUCGGAUAUUCAUCCAAUGAAAGUUUUGUUUCUCAUUCCCAAAAACAAUCCGCCGAUAUUGCAAGGGAGCUUCAGCAAAUCAUUCAAAGAAUUUGUUGCUUUGUGUCUUCGUCGUGAUCCAAGAGAACGACCAACGGCAAAGGAGCUUCUAAAGCACCCAUUUCUGAGGAGGGCUAAGAGAACGACUUAUCUAACAGAGUUAAUCGAACGGCAUGAACGGUGGCAGGCGAUCCAUGGGCGCGGAACUCCAGACUAUGGUGAAGAACACACCUCUGGACCAUCACCACAACCGGCACAAGCCUCCCCAGAUGACGAAGACUUGUGGGACUUUGGCACUGUGCGGCCGGCUGGGGGUCGUACCGCAGGCCUUCAAGCACUAAGUGGCGCCGCUGCUAAUGUUCGGAAUCAUAAUCCUGGUAACUGGUCGACAGAGUCGGAUAAUAAUAAUAUAGUUGAGAAUAAUGAUCUCGAAAACAAGCGGUCCAAGGAAACAUUGCGUACCGAGCUAGUACCACAGUCUCCCCAAAAACAGCAAUCGUCGAUACCAUCCCCUUUGGCAUCGCCGACCAAAGUCCCUCUCCCUCAAUCACCCCAGAAACAACCAAUACCAGCAGUACCUAGAACGCCAUCAUCUCAACUGCACCAGCAACAACUGCCAGCAAUGAAAAAGAAUGAGAGUCCUGCAACUAAAGAUUACGAUAAGGCAUUUCAGCAGUCGCUAGCUUCCGACCUGACAUUUUUGCAACUAGGAGAAUCGCUCGGUGGAACUGCACUGCCUGCACAAAAUCAAAGGCAGCCGCCUGCAUCAGAUAGUGUCGUACGCAAACCAGUACCUAGUAGAGCGUCAGUUUCUGCUCAGAACCAAACCCGUUCUUCUCUCGGAAUUUCUAGCAACAUGUCAGAAACUCCUAAGCUAGCUGAACAAAAGUCACUCCCUCCAUUUCUUCCACAAUCUCUGUCGACCCCUCAACCACCCUCGCAUCAAAGGACCAAAGAAUCUGAAUCGCCUGACAACAGGUCGCCGGUGCCAGAACAACUUGGAGCUACCUCUGACGCAAAUGCAUUGGGAAAGUAUGUGAUUAUUCCUGCCCUAGAACAUGCACUCCACUGCCGGGCAACGGGACUCAAUACCCUCAUGCAAGAACCUGGAGGAAUGGCAAUACAAGCCAAACAGCGUCAUCAAUACGCUCAUGAAAAGAUUAAAAAGCUCGCUGUGAAAGCUGCGAGUAUUUUCAAUGAAAUAGAUAAGUGGGAUCAAGAAGCACCAGUCGAUAUGGCGAUGGGCCAAUCGUCAUUCACUGAAGCAUUUUUGGAUGCAUUGAUGAGGUUCUGUGAGGUUGAAACUGCAGAACCUGAUGGAUCUGCAGACAGAUAA